AUGGAUAGAGCUUUUUGUUUGUGUUGUUAUUUGUUUAGAGAUCAUUACGUAGGACAAUGUGGGAGUGAUGCUUUCGUGACAUAUGGUUUUAAUAGUUGGAAUAAAACGGAAAGAUUUGGUCUUCAUGUCGGCGACAUCAAUAGUUUUCAUAAUAGAGCACUUAAGAAAAGUGAGGAUCUAAUGAGCCAAGAUCGAUCUAUUGCUGCUGCCUUUCAUAAGCAAACUGAGAAAGAGAAAAAUGAGCACCGAAUAAGAUUAGAUGCUUCAAUUAAGACCUGUAGGUUCUUGUUGAAGAAUGCAUUGCCCUUUCGUGGUCACGAUGAAUCUGAAAUGUCGAUCUUUAAAGGCAUGUUCUUGGAAACAUUAGCCGUAAUUGGUGAUUGCAAUGAGAAUGUAGCAAAUGGUAUUAAGGCUUUGGAUAUGGAAGGCCGUUAUUCAAAAAACGGAAGACAAAGGACCAACAUCACCAAUUGUCAUUAUUACAAGUUUGAUAUUUUCAACACUGUUGUGGACAUGCAAAUUCAAGAGUUUGGGGAUCGAUUUAGUGAGGUAAGUACUGAAUUGCUAAAAAAAAUAGCAGCUUUGAGCCCAUGCGAUUCAUUUUCGCAAUUCAAUGUAUCAGAUUUCUUGAAGUUGAGUGAGUUGUAUCCUCAAGAUUUUAGUCAUAUGGAAAGGAUCGCUCUUGAGAAACAACUUAACAUGUACUAUUUGAUUGUGCGUCAAGAUGAAAGAUUUGCCAAUUUGAGUGGUAUUGCCGAGCUCGCUAGACUGCUAGUGGAAACAAAAAAGCAUCAAACUUAUCCUCUAGUCUAUCGGUUAUUGAAGCUGGCUUUGGUUUUUCCAGUUGCUACUGCAACAGUCGAAAGAUGUUUUUCUUCUAKGAAGAUUGUGAAGUCAGAUUUGCGCAACAAAAUCGGUGAUGAAUUUUUGAAUGCUGCAAUGAUAUGUACUAUAGAAAAAGAAGCACUUCUCGCAGUUUCAAAUGAUGAUGUAAUUACGCAAUUUCAAAAGAUGAAGAGUCGUAGGGCACAGUUGUAA